AUGUGCUUAAAUAAAAUUAAUAAUUCCUCAACUCUUAAUUUAUUUAUGUAAACUAGAAAUUGGGAGAGCAAGAAACAACGAUUAGAAAAUCUUAACCGAUAAAAUGAAUUGAGUAUAUAAAUAUAAAGUAUAUUUGUAAGAAAAACAAAAAAGUGUCCAGUAGAUAUCUGAUACUAAUAGAAAUUUUUUCUGCAAUUUUUAAACCUUUUAUGAAAAAAAUAAAGAUUAGCAAAUUCCAUCUUUAGAGUAUUAAGCACUUAUAUUUAGAUUUUUAUAAGAAGAAUUUCAUGUUUAAGAACUUUAUACAAACUAAUAAGUUUUUGAAAUGUAAUAGGAAUUGUUUAAAUUGUGGAUUCCAAAGAUAAAAAAAAAUUGGACAGAAGAAGAUAAAUAAAUUCUUAUAUGGAUUGUAUUAAAAAUCUGUUCUAGAGAUGGUAUUCACUUCAGAAAAAUUGUAUUAUAUAAGAUUUAAAUAAUAGCCAACUAAAGUAUGGGAAGAUGUAGAGCAAUUAAUCGGCAGGAGGACUGCUGAAUAAUGUAAAAUCAAAUGGAAUGAUUUAUUGAAAUUAUCCUUGUAAUAAUUACCAUGGACAUAAGAAUAAGAUGAAUAUUUAAUAUAAUUGAUUAAGUAUAAUUGAAAAUUAGCUUUAGUUAAAGCAAAGAAUAAGGAAUGUAGAAUAAAUGGUGCAUCAUAGCUAAUUUAUUAAAUGCCUAAUUUAAAGAUUCUCCAAGAACAGGGAAGCAAUGUAGAGAAAGAUGGAAUAAUCAUCUUAAUCCUGAUAUAAAUAGACAUUAAUGGAGUUUAGAAGAAGAUAUUGAAUUAUUAGAAUUAGUAAAAAAAAAAUAGAAAAAAUGGGCAUUAAUAUCAAAAAUAUUAAAAUCAAAAAGAAGUGAAAAUGCAGUAAAAAAUCGUUAUAAUUGUUUAAUGAAAAAAAAUACUUGUUAAUCUAUUACAACUUUAAUUGAUGAAUUGAAAAAGAAAAAUAAAUUGUAAAAUCCAGAAGCCCCUUUGAUGUAAAUUUCAAAAAGAAAAAAAUUAUUUCAAAUAACUAAAAGUACAAUUAUAAAUUAGUUUAAUAAGCUUAACAAGCAUAAAACUAAAAAGUGAAUAGUGAGUUCAGUAUCUAAUAAUUUGAUAUAAUUGAUAUUAAUUAGCUAAAAUGCCUUACUCCUGCUUUUUAUGAUUCUAAAUCUUAAAGUCUAUUUAUUAGCAAUAAACAUUAAUUGAUGUCUUUCUUAAGUAGUUAAAUGAUAAAAAUUGAAAGUGAUUAAAAUAUCAAAAAUUUUGAUUAAAACAAUUAAUAGCAUGAGUUUUCCAAUUAAAUGAGUGGAUUUUUAAAUUUAGUAGAUUCAUCUAAUUUAAUAAAAUAUGUACCUAAUGUUUUUGCAAAUCAAUAACAACCAAUUUAAUAAGAAAAGAGGUAAUUUUUAAUAUUUAAUUUCAAUUAAGAUCUUAAUUUAAUAUUCCUGGGAUGUAAAUAGAAUAAAUUAAUUAAGAAAUGAUACUUAAAAAUAAACUUUCUUUUUUUUCUUCAAAAUUGCCUGAUUUAAAGAAUAGAGUUUCUAUGGAAUAAGAAGAAAUAAAUUAAUAAAUAAAAAUUAGUAAAUGA